AUGGGCCCGGAGUCCUCGCACGGGGGCUGGGGGCCCAGCUACGAGUUCGCGUUCGACGCAGAGAGCUUCUCCGACAGGGUGCUGCGGUUGGAGAUCGUCGCCGCCGCCGCCGCCAGCGAAGACGUCGCCGGAGGAUCCCUCCCUGACGGCGAGGAUCCCCGCAUGGAGGAAGGUGAUGAAGGACGCAGUCUGAACUCUUCCUCUGCCAUGGUAGGCACACCAGUUUUACGAGUAAAGACCAUCUUCAUCAAUUCAGCGAUUAUUGCUGCAAGAAGUCCUUUCUUUCUCAAGCUUUUCUCAAAUGGCAUGAAAGAAUUUGUUCAGACACACACAACAGUUAGGGUUGUUGAUUCAGAUGAACACGCCUUUAUGGAGCUUUUAGGGUUUAUAUACAGUGGAAAGUUGACAAGUACUGAGCCCACUCUUCUGCUCGACAUCUUGAUGGCUGCUGACAAAUUUGAAGUCGUUUCUUGCAUGAGGCAUUGCUGUCACUUGCUCACAAGUUUGCCUUUGACCACAAAAUCUGCACUUCUCUACCUAGACCAUCCGUGCUCCACUUUGAUGGCAGCUGAAGUUCAGCGUUUGAUAGUAGCAGCCAAGGAAUUCCUUUGCCACAAAUACAAGGAUUUUACUAAGUUCCAGCAUGAACUGAUGAACUUCCCUCUGGUUGGGAUUGAAGCCAUCUUUUCAAGUACCAACCUACAAGUACUAAUUGAAGAUGAGAUAUAUACCUUUAUGCUAAAGUGGGCUCGUGCGCGAUACCCUGAGUUGGACGAAAGACGCACUAUCUUGAGUUCUCGUUUACUUCCAUUGGUUCGCUUCAGUCAUAUGAGUUUUGCUGUACUGCGGGAGGUUCUAACAUGCACCGAUGAUGAUAUAGACCAUGAUCAAGUAAAUAAGUGCAUCGCUGAGAUACUUCUACACAAAGCUUACCCAGCACACGCGCAUGGUGAUCUUUCUGUAGACACGGCAACCUGCAGGCAAUUUGAAGAGCGAACUUACAUGUACAAACCUUUGAGGUUAGUUGCAUUUGAUGGACCGCAUCCACAGGUUAUAACUUACUGGGAUCUAAAGCGUGAGGAGUGCUCCCAAUUUUUCUCUUCUGAACGGAACCAUCGUCCAGAGAUUAUCUCGCAUCUGCUGCAUCAUGCAGGGCUCGACUUGUUUCUCGUAGCACAAUGUUACAGGAACCACGUGAGUGAGCUGUGCACCUUUGGCCUAUCAUUAUACAUCCGCCAGAGCUCAAGGCGGGCACGUGUGACAUUAGAGUAUGAGUUUGCUGCAAAGACAAAGGCGUUGCGGAAAUUUGUGAGCAGAUUUCAGGUCAAGGCUAGGGGUUCCAAGCUCGGAUGCGGUGAUUUCUUUGGUACUCCAUGGUCGACUUUCAUUGCUAACGACAACCUCUUCAUCGACGGCGUGCUGCAUCUCAGAGCUGAUUGGACUGUGCUGGAGCAGUCGGAGUUAUGAACUUGAUAUCUCACACUACAAAAUUAUAGGCCCGACACUGACCCGGAUCACGGCCUAAUAUGUCAAAUUAGUUGUUGCUUCUUCAUGACCCUGUUCUGGUUAUUGCAAGAUAUAUUGCUCCUUCGUCCGUGAGAGCUGUAGCUGGGAGCUU